AUCACCAAUAUAGUAGAAAUGUACUAAUGCCAUUCUAAAUAAGCGUGUUAAAAAGAAUCCGUUUAAAUAGUAGUUCAUUGGGAUAUUAAUUUUCUGAUGUAAAUGAAUUAUAUGCAGUGGUGAAAUACAGACCAGGAUGUCCUGGAAGAUUGUUUCAGUUACCUUAGAUGAAUGAGUGCUGUUAAUAAUCAUUUCACAUCUUAAGAAUACGUUACAGGUUAUGAUGGUAUACUAUUGGAAAACACAGUGCAGAUUUUUAUUCAAAUAGAAAUACUAUUAUUAACUUAAAUAAAAAAUGCUUAAUGGAUUCGCUUGACAUAUUUUUUAGCACUUUUGUAAAAAACGCUAAUUUACACAAUAACCAUGAUGAACAAAUUUUCAAUGUUCUUGAAAAAUGUUACAAGUUAUUAUAUGAAUUGGAAUUUAAUAACAUUGAUGAUGAUGAUGUUGAAUCACUACGUUUAGCUGCUCUUAUGUCAUUUAAAAAGAAACCUACUAAUUUAAUUAAUACAAUUAGUAUUAAAUCAGGAGAUGUAAGCAAAAAUAAAUUUGGAAAUAAUAGUUCCUAUAGUAAUUAUGGUAAUCGAAAUAUUAGAGGUAGAUUUCCACCAUCAAACAGAACAUUUAAACACACAUAUACAAAUGUUGGAUUUAGAAGACCUACACAUUCAAAUAAUAAUUUAAUUUCUAUUAUUCCAAUUGAUUCUGAUCAACUUUCAGAGAAUACUAAAUCUCAAAACAAAGUUAAUAAUGAAAUGUCUUCAAAAGAUUCUUUGAAUACAAAUUCUGGCAAUAAAAUUAGUAAUGAAAACAUUGAAGUUUUUACUAAAUUUAGUAGAUUAGAAAAUGAUACUGAAGAAAGCAGUGAUAAAAGUGAUGCAGAUAAAGAAGAAAAAAUGGAUUCUGAUGAUGGGGAUGUUUUAUUAUUAGGCCAAGAAGAUGAAGACUUAGAUGAUCUGGAUAAAUUAAUGGAUAUUAUGGAAGCUGAAAUUGCUGGAAAAAAUAUUAAAGAAAAAAGAAGUUUAAAACAAUUCAAUAAAGUAAAGAAAGAUAAAUCAAGUUUAUCUAAGAUCAAAGCUAAAAAUAUUAAAUGUGAAAGUCAACCAGAUAUUAAGGAUGAUUUAACAAUUCUAUCAAAACGUACAGAAGAAUUGGAAUCAAUUAAAACUGUUGAAGAAGUAAUAAAUUCAUCGUCAUUCAGUGGUUUACCAAAUCCGCAUAUUCAUCUAAGGUCUCCAUCACCAAUUAAAAAGAGAUCUGUUUCUCCAUAUAGACAACUCCAUAAAAGAUCAUUAACACCAAGAUCUCCACAUAUAAGGUCUCCUACACCAGAUAGAUUUAUAUAUUCUCCCAUAAGAUCUAGGACUUUUCGGAGAUCUUUAACACCUAGGAGAUCACCUAGAAAAAUGUCACCUUUAAGAGAAAAAGAUCUUUCUCCUAAAAGAUAUACUACACCUAAAUCUCGUUAUCCCUACCAUUCACCGUCUCCAAGAAGAAGACUUGGAUCAAUUUCAAGAGAUAUAUUACCAGGUGGAAGACGAUUAUCACCAAUUAGAAGAAGAAAUAGAUCACCUCUACGAUCAAAAUCUAGAUCCCCUAAAUGUAGAAUACCAAUUAAAAGGCGUUCACCUAGCCCAUUAAAAAAAGUAAGGUGUGCAUCACCUUUAUUACACAGAAAAGACGCUAAUAUUUUAAAUGAAAAUAAUAUAACUGUUAAAAAAAAACCAAAAUCAAUAGAUAAAGAAAUUGAUAAUAAAACACCAGAUCCCGUGUUAGAAGCUAGAAAAAGAAAAUUUGAAUCCAAUAAACCUAUUGAACAUACUAGCAAAAAAAUUAUUUUGAAAAAAUCCAAUUCUGUACAAGUAGCUAUUCAAACUGAUAUCAAAAAAGAAAUCAAAACUCAUGUUUCAAACAAAAUUUCUCUAACAAACAAAAAAACUAAAUUAUCUCCUCACAUGAAUCAAAAUAUUAAAAAUUGUGUAAAAACUAAAAAUAAUUCAAAGUCUUUAGAUAAAAUUGUGAAAUUGAUAACACAAUCAGAAAAAAAUUAUAAACAAAGACCUAGAAUCAUAUUUGGGCAAGAAAUUUCUGAUCAACAAAUUGAAGAAAAAGAUAUACUAGAAUUAUCUAGUACAAUUGAAAAAUUAAUGGAAGAAGAAAAAAAUGAAGAGGAUGUAUUAGAAGAAAAUGAAUUUGAUGAAAAAUGUGAAAAAGAAGAAGGACAACAGUCAAGUGAAAGUUGUGAGGAAGAUUCAGGAGAAGAUAAUAAUAAUCAGGAUAUAUAUAAAUUUGUUAAAGAGAAAAAAAAUUUUCUUAAAUGUGAUGAAACGGUAGACUUAAGAACUGAAUUAAAACGUAGAAGAGCCCUUCGUUUAAAUACAGUACAUGUAAAAAAAAAAUCUGGUACUUUUUAUCCAGCUCGUUUAUUGCAGUCUGCUAUUAGAAGUGUUGUUGGUGCAAAUGGCUCUAUUGAUGUCAAGAAGAAAAUACAUGGUGAAUUACCUGAAAUAAGCAUUAAAACAGAAGAUAAUUCAGAUAAACGUAGAGUAAAUAGAGACAAAAAUAGAUUAGAAGAUGUCAAUCUCCUUGAAAAAUACUUUGAAGAUAAAGAAGAGUCAUAUGAAAGUGUAAAACAAUUCAAGGAUAAAUUGAAAAAAUUUGUAUUUUGGAAGGAACCUGACAAGAUGUGAUAACUUUUUUUUAUAUUGAAUAUAGGAGCAGAUUAAUGUUGUCGGUGGUUGUUAAACAGUAGUUUACAUAUUAUAAAAAUAAACAAACUUUUUCAGAUAUUCUCAAUAAAUUUUUAAAAAUUCUUUAUCAUUUUGUAACAUAUUAUAAACAAAAAUGUAUUGUAAACUAAAAUAAAGUUUGAAAAUUUG